UCUUACGCACGUACUGUCAUCUGCUUAUUCAUAUCUCUGCAAUUAUCUCUCUAUACACUUUGAAACAACAGUUGAAAUUGUUUAGACUGAAUGGGUAAGUCAAUCAUAUUGUAUGGAUUUACUGCGGCUGAGCAACCAGAGGCCAUAAAACAAUUUCUUGAGAAAAUUUUGGGUGAAGGGACUGUCACUGAUGUCGCAGUUCAGCAACAGGAAGGUUUAAGGGGCUAUGCAAUUGUACACUUCACAACAACUGAAGUUGCAGAUACGAUCAAGUCCUUGGCUGAUGAACGACUUUGGUAUGGGAAUUCUUACUUGAAAGCUCAAGAUAUGGGCGAGGGACCAAAACCAGGUCACAUUCAGCAUAGGAUUAAGGAUGCAAAGUUGCACUUUGGUUUUCAAUUGUCAGACAAAAAGUUUUCAUCACUAUGGACUAAAGAAAAUGUUUUUGUCAAGUUUGGAUUGGGACUAAGAAAAUUUAUCUUUUUUCUAUCUCAUAAUUCUGUGGAAUAUAAGCUUCAGCUCCCGUACAAGAGCAUUAGGCUAGUUGAGUUGCGCCAUCUAAAAAACAAGAGGUUUAUCAUCAUUCAGUUAUUCGGGGUACCUCAGAUAUAUUCCAAAGAUCUGCUUGAUCAAACCUUUUUUAGAGAUGACACUAAUGUUCAGUGGGUUCAUGAAAUUGAUUUUACUCCAACCUCAUGCAUUGGUCAAUCUACUGCUUUAUGCUUGGAACUCCCAACCACUAGUUAUCUUUCAGAUUUUCAGAAAGAAUUCCCUUACUACAAAGAAACCGCAGUGAAACUCAUUGUGGAGAGAGGUUCAACCGCCUCUUGCCACUCUGAUCAUGUCCCCAUUAUAAGUCCACCCCAAGGAUUUAACUUGCCGUUUCGUAUCCUGUUUAAGAUUAAUACCUUGGUUCAAUGUGGUUGUAUUCCUAGGCCAGCAGUAGAUGAUAAAUUCUUUCGGAUGGUUGAUUCGUAUAGAAGACAUGUAGCAUUUGUAGAGCAUGCUCUUGAGAAACUGAUUUAUUCAAAACAAUGUUGCUUUGAACCUCGGCAGUGGCUUAGAGAUGAAUACCAAAAGUACAGCAUGGCUGCAAGACCUCCUAUGUUACCUGCCAUCAGUUUAAGCCAUGGAUUGGUAUAUAUGCACAGGGUUCUAGUCACCCCAUCUAAAGUAUAUUUCUUUGGUCCAGAGAUUGUUCUAUCCAGUAAUGUGUUACGCACAUAUUCUGAUGAUAGUGAGAACUUUAUUCGUGUUUCUUUUGUUAAUGAGGAUCUUAAAAAAAUACAUCCAACAGAUUUAUCUCCUCGAGCAUCUUUAGCGAAUAUUGAAAGGCAUACUAGAGUUUAUCAAAGGAUAUUGUCAACUCUGAGAAAUGGCAUUGUUAUUGGAGAUAAAAAGUUUGAAUUUCUGGCCUUUUCUAAUAGUCAACUGAAAGAUAAUUCUGUGUGGAUGUUUGCAUCUAGACCAGGACUAACUGCAAGUGAAAUCAGAGAGAGGUUGGGUUAUUUUAGUGCAAUAAGGAAUGUGGCAAAAUAUUCUGCUAGACUCGGUCAAUCAUUCAGCUCCUCUAGGGAAGCUACGAAUGUUGAUAAGAAUGAAAUUGAAGAAAUUCCUGAUAUAGAAGUUGAAAAGGGGGGAGUCAAAUAUAAUUUCUCUGACGGCAUUGGGAAAAUAUCAUCUACAUUGGCUCAUAUGGUGGCUGGAAAGUGUGGCUUCAGAAUUGUUCCAUCUGCCUUUCAGAUUCGAUAUGCCGGGUACAAAGGUGUCGUAGCGGUUGAUCCAACUUCAUCAAUAAAGUUAUCAAUGAGACCAAGUAUGUCCAAGUACAAAUCAGAUAAUGUUAGACUUGAUAUUUUGGAAUGGAGCAAGUUUCAGCCGUGUUACCUUAAUCGCCAAUUGGUGAUACUUUUGUCGACUCUCGGUGUCAAGGAUUAUGUGUUUGAGAAGAAGCAGAAAUAUGUGAUUUCUCAACUAGAAACAAUUUUAACAGAUCCAUUAAAGGCACAGGAAGUACUUAACUUGAUGUCUUCAGGAGCGAUCACAUAUGUAAUGAAAGAUAUGCUUAACUAUUAUUCUAAGCCACAUGAAGAACCAUUUCUUUCAAUGAUGUUACAAAUAUUUCGCUUGUCAACGUUGAAAGACUUGAGAAUGAAAACAAGAAUCUUUAUCCCAAGGGGACGAACAAUGAUGGGGUGUCUAGAUGAGACAGGAAUCUUGGAAUAUGGUCAGGUGUUUGUGAAAUGUUCAAGUCGCCAGACUGAGUUAUCAACCAAUUCUAGUGGCAGAGUAUCAAACCAGAGUAGAAUUGUAAGGGGAAUGGUAACCGUUGCAAAAAAUCCAUGUCUACAUCCUGGAGAUGUUCGUGUUCUAAAAGCUGUCGAUGUUCCGACCUUGCACCACAUGGUGGACUGCAUAGUAUUUCCAGCUAAAGGAAAGAGCAUAUUUACAGUGACAUUAUUUACAUUGUUAACUAGACCUCAUCCUGAUGAAUGUUCGGGGAGUGAUUUGGAUGGAGAUAUCUACUUUGUUUGUUGGGAUCGUGAUCUCAUUCCUCCUCGCCAGUAUCCACCUAUGGAUUAUACUUCACCACCACCUAAGAUUCUUGAUAAUGAAGUCACAAUUGAGAAUGUGGAGGAGUUUUUUGCAGAUUACAUGGUCAAUGAAAACUUGGGAGUAAUCUGUAAUGCCCAUGUUACAUUUGCAGAUAUUAGUCCUUACAAGGCAAUGUGUUGGCAAUGUAUUCAGCUUGCAAAGCUAGCCUCCAUCGCUGUUGACUUCGCAAAAACCGGAGUGCCUGCUAAAAUCCCUCAACGUUUACAAGUUAAAAGUUUUCCGGAUUUCAUGGAAAAGCAUGAAAGAGAAUCCUAUGAAUCGCGAAGUGUGAUUGGGAAACUUUACCGCGAGGUAAAAGAUCUUGUGCCAAAGAUGGGUACUAUCAAAUCCUUCACCUCGGAUGAGGCGAGGCAGUUUUAUGAUCUUGACAUGGAAGUGCAGGGCUUCAAGGACUACAUUGAUGAUGCUUUUUAUUACAAACGUGAGUAUGAUUAUAGAUUGGGAAAUCUGAUAGACUAUUUUGGGAUAUCAACCGAGGGUGAAAUACUCAGCGGUCAAAUAAUGAAAAUGGAAAAGUCUUUUAGUAAGAAAAGAGAUUUGGAAGGAAUCAAGUUGGCUGUGAAGUCAUUGAUAAAAGAAGCCAGGGAUUGGUUCAACAAGAAGGAAAAUGAAUCUGAUGGUCCUGAGAAAGUAUACAUGAAAGCAUCAGCUUGGUAUUAUGUUACAUAUCAUCCAAGUUUUUGGGGUCGAUACAACGAAGGACUUAAUCGCGACCAUUUCCUUAGUUUUCCAUGGUGUGUUCAUGAUAAACUUCUUGAGAUCAAGAAAGAUAGGCAAAGAAUCUUAAGGGCUUUGCAUCAUUCUUCAUUACAGGCCUAGUUCUUCGUAUGAAGUUCUUGUUUGUCUCUUGAUAUCAUUUGAAGAGAGAUGCCUUGAAAAGAGUACUUCAUUAUGUGAAUACUUAUGUUUAUUUGUACAAUUACUCAGUUUGAGUGUCAACUUUAUAUUGUGUUGAUUGUUGUGUGUUUGUCAAUAUUGUAAGUGUCUCAAAUCUGCUUGUAUCUUACUAUUUGUUAUUCAAUAAAUCUGUGGUUUGCUAGG